UUUGUGUUGUGAGGGAAAAGAUUAUUCAUCACAUUGUUAUUUUGUUUCUAUUCUCUUAAUUGUCUGAUUUUCCAAGUGAAUAAAUUGAUUGAUUUAUAUGAAUUUCUUUUUAAUUUGUGAUUUGUGAUCUUUGUCUCUCUUGUAGGUACUGGUUGACUGGUGGAAAAGGAGAUAUUCAUAUGUAAUGUCAGCUCCAAUUGCUGAGAGAAAUCAAGAUGCCACCAUUUAUGUUGGUGGUUUAGAUGAGAAGACAACUGAAUCAAUUUUAUGGGAAUUGUUUGUCCAGGCUGGUCCAGUGGUCAAUGUUCACAUGCCUAAGGAUCGUGUUACCAGUUCCCAUCAAGGUUAUGGUUUUGUUGAAUUUAUCUCGGAAGAAGAUGCUGAUUAUGCUAUUAAGAUAAUGAACAUGAUCAAAUUAUAUGGUAAACCCAUAAGAGUUAAUAAAGCAUCGGCUCAUCAAAAGAAUCUCGAUGUUGGUGCUAAUAUUUUCAUUGGAAAUCUUGAUCCUGAGGUUGAUGAGAAAUUAUUAUAUGAUACAUUCUCUGCUUUCGGUGUUAUAUUACAAACACCUAAAAUUAUGAGAGAUCCGGAGACCAAUAAUUCAAAGGGUUAUGCUUUCAUUAAUUUUGCCAGUUUUGAGGCAUCUGAUUCAGCUAUUGAAGCCAUGAAUGGACAAUAUCUUUGUAAUCGACCCAUAACAAUUAGUUAUGCUUUUAAGAAAGAUGCUAAAGGUGAAAGACAUGGAUCAGCAGCGGAAAGAUUAUUGGCAGCCAAAAAUCCUCUUAAUCAAUCUGAUAGACCUCAUCAAUUGUUUGCCGAUGCACCACCAACAGCAGGACAACCGGUUGUUGUCACUCAACCAAUUGCACCACCGCCAAUGUUUUAUCCUCAAGAAGAUAUUACCAAUAUAUUGAAUAUGAUGAAUCACAACCAACCACCAGCACCAUGGAGUCUUGGAGCAGUUCCACCACCGCCACCACCCCAAAUGGCCAAUCCAUUUGGACUUGUUGUACCACCGCCUCCACCACCUCCGCCACCUCCUCCACCUCCCCCGCCACCACCGUCACAAGCUCAACCAUCAAUGGCAACUCUUUCAACCCAGUUACCGCCGCCACCACCUCCACCUCCACUGCCUAUUGGACUGACAGGAUUACCAACUCCAGGAUUACCUGCAACCGGCUUAGGAGCUGCCAUUUUAACACCUCGACUACCUGGGAUGACUCCAGGAGCACCUCCGCCUUUUGCUAUGCCUCCACCGCCUCCCCCGCCUCCUCCUCCACCACCACCUCCACCGCCACCGCCAUCAGCUUCAACUGUCAAUGAUAACUCUUAAAAUGUAAAUAAGCCAUCAAAAACGUAAAUUACUUCACCUUUAAGUCAAUUGGAUUACAAACUUCUCGUAUCAACCUGAUCAUCACAAUUUAACCAAAAGAAAAUGAGAAACACUUUGUAUUCUUAUUUACAGUUCAACCAUUCCUUUCACAAAUCAAAAACAAUCAACAUGUUUGUUCAAAUUGUGAUUGAAGAAGAAAAAACCAUAAUUAAUUGAAAGCGAAAUUGUAUAUCACUAACAUCCUAAUUGCAAUCAAAUUAAUCUGCAAGACGAGUUAGGGAAAGUUCCCAAAUCCUGAGUUCACCAGAAUCACCAUGGUAUCAUAAACCCUAAUUCUAUCUCCAAGGUUAAAUGAUUUACUAUUAAUUACUAAAGAAAAGAAAAUCGUAAGAAAAAGUCCCCUAGCAAAAAAAACUUACUAAAUUACCAACAAUUUAGUUAAAUCUAUUUACGUAAAAUAAGUAAAUUAACCUGACACCCAUUGGGAAUUUGUACCUGAAUUUUGUAACAAUUAUAUAUUCUUGUAUUUUUGUCCCAAUUGUAUUUUAAUUGUUACUCAUCAGCAGAACAACAAUCAAAAACAAAAAGUAAAAAGCAUGUAAAGACAAUUAACCAUAAAGGGACAAUCAAUAAAUCAAAUCCCCCUCUC